ACUACAUUUAGUGUUGGUUGUUUACUCCUCUACGAAAUCUCAUGAUUUGCCACAUUAAUGCCAGUUUACUCUUUUUGUUCAUGUUAUAUAGCCUACUCAUAUAGGGACCAAUUCUGACUUGAUUGGAGAGAAGUGGAUAAGGAAUGAAGCCCUAUGCAAGAAAGUUAGAAUAAAACACCUCCAAUGUUUUCUCAAUACACGAUCGUUUAUUUGAGAAAAACAAUUUUAAGAGCUCCAUCAAAUGUGUACUACAGAUACUUGUAUGGAAGGCAAGAGGAGAGUUGAUCGUAUGGUGUAUCGAUAUCCAAACAGAUUAGGGGGGUCGUUGUUGCAUGAGGAAUUGCUCAUAACCACUCGGAAGGAAGUUGAUGUCAUGCUCGAAUUUUUGAAUGCCAAUAACAUUUCCAAAGCAGAGAUGUUUGUUUACACCGAGGAGGUUGAAGGCGGUGGAGGUCAUUUUGGAGAUGGACAAACAUCUGGUAUCCACGAUUUGGUGGAGUAUAUGAAGAUCAUCUCUAUCAAGGUUACCAUGAUCAUUAUUCCUACCAUGAGUACCAAGAAGGAGGUGGAGGUCAUCAUCAAUCCUUCCCAUCAUAUAAAGAAGAAGCCCAACGAGGCAACGAUACCAUGACAACCAACAAGAAGGCUCCAGUACCAACCCGAGUACAAUUUUCAUGCAGGCAGCGGUUCGACGUGUUUUCAAGGAAAACCCUAAGAAAUGUUUUCUGAUGGC